CUUGCUACAGAUCAUGAAGUUUCGACUAUACUUAGAUCAAACUUAUUAUUAUCUUUGACAAUUUCCAUUUUUCGAUAUUUCCACUUGACAGUGACUCAUUUUUAUCAUCAGACGCUUGUAUAUUUGUUUGAUUUGAAAGCUUUGAAGGCAGUGUUUUCUGCAGCCCAGUUAUGGCAGGUUAUCCCAAAAAUUCGAACCCAUUUUUAACGGAAGAAGAUGAUGAGGAUGAUUGGAGAUCCAACAGAGGAGGAAAGAUUCAGGAACAGAUAUCUGCUUCUGAGGAUAGACAGAUCGAUUCUACCAGGAGAAUAAUGCAAAGUAUUCAAGAUUCCGAACGAAUGGGGGUGGCUACAGCAGAAGAACUUCUAAGACAGGGAGAGCAAUUAGACAACAUUGAAAGAAAAACAGAUGAAAUAAAUGAAACAAUGACUGUCACACAGAAACAUUUAAAUUCCAUAAAAAGUGUGUUUGGUGGGGUGAAAAACUGGUGGACUUCCAAAAAGAAACCAGCUGAAUCCAGUGUUCCAGAGGCAAAGCCAAGUCGUUUACAGGAAACUGUAGAAAAGCACAAGGCCCAGGACUGUCGGGGGUUUUAUGAGGAGGAUAAUGAUUUGGAUGAGGAUUUUAUGAAAGGGGCAAGGACACAGUACAUCAAACCUGUUACUCACAGUGCAAGGGAGGAACAAGUUAAUGAAAACUUGGGUCAGAUCUCCGAUGGUUUGACAGCAUUAAAAGGUCUAGCACUGGGACUCGGUGAUGAAAUAGAGCGUCAGAACUCCCAGCUGGAUCGUAUGGGGCCUAAAGUGGACAAAGCCAACACCCUUCUGGAGGGCCAGAAUAAACAAAUGAGGAACAUUCUCAGGAAGUGACCUUUGACCUCUGUUGAUCAGAAUAUUGGAUACUUGUCAAACACAACCAGUAAAUUCUGUGCCAAUUUAUAUCUUGUAUUUUAUAAGGAACAAAAAAGUGCAAUGAAAUAUCCAUUUUACUGUAACCGAUUUGAGCUUUUAUUCAUUAGCAUUGAAAAUACAUGUUUAUUUUUACAAAAUUCAACUGGACUGAACUCCUUUUCGUCUGUUAAACUUGAUCUUCACAUCUUCCUGAAAUUCAUAAAUCUCAUUUAAAAUGUUGUCCCGUAUUUUAAUACUUCUGCUGAAGGGAAUUCAUACA